UCGGGCCAUUGAGUCAAGACAGAAUACAGUUCAGACAGUUGGUUCUACGCCAGUUAGCAUUUUCGCUAACUCCGAAUUAAACACGGAUUAUUUUUCCUUUUUCACCGUGACUUAAACUUAAACUGAAGUUUUCCAAGGAUUAAUUUCCUCUUCCAGAAGCAGUGGCAUGAUGUUGGGGUCUAUCUGGCAGUACCUGUAUACCUCCUUUCUGCGGUUCUGGUUUAAAUGGUUUCUCAGGCAAAUCACUGGAAAAUGCGAGCUGCAGCGGAUCUGCCACGGAUAUGAGCCUGGAGCACCAAGGACCACACGGAUCGAAAACUCCUUGAAAUCUUCAAAAAACAAGGUGCUGCAAGAUGCUGUGGAUGUGAAGGAAGAUGCAGUGGAGGGCUGUGUGACACAAAUCGUGAAAGAGAAGAAUAUCAAAGAGCAGAAAGAUCCCAAGUUUAAGGUGAAUCUCCAUCAGUGCCUCAUACAAAUAAGUGGCUACAACACCCUGUUCAUGACAGUUGAAGAGCUAAGAAAAGUGACGUUUGACUCAGAAAGUGAAGAACAUGAGAAAAUGCUUCUUAAGUUGUGGGAUUUGCUGAUGCCGUCCGUUAAGCUGGAAUCUCGAGUCACCAAGCAGUGGGGCGACAUCGGGUUUCAAGGUGACGACCCAAAGACUGACUUCAGAGGGAUGGGCAUGCUUGGCCUGGUGAACCUUGUGUUUUUCAGUGAGAACUACAAUAAAGCAGCACGGCACGUCCUGUCCCAUGCCAACCAUCCCUCUCUGGGGUACUCGUACGCCAUAGUGGGUAUUAACCUGACUGAGAUGGCCUACAGUUUACUGAGGAGCGGUGCUUUGAAGCCUCACUUCUACAACACUGUGGCAGGGAAACCGCACAUGCACCACUUCCACCAGCUUUACUGUUACCUGGCAUACGAGUUUGAUAAGUUCUGGGUGGAAGAAAAGCCUGCGAGCAUCAUGGAGUUUAACAUCUACCGAGAGAAGUUCCACGACAAGGUGAAAGGGUUCCUUCUGGAGCCGGAGGUCUCCCUCAUCUUAAAGCUUGAAUCUAAAAAAUGCCCAGAUGACUGAGAGUCUUUUGUUCUGUGACUGAUUUAACCAAAAAAGAUGACUGAAUAAUAGCUUUGAAGCACAUCCCUCUCCUAUGCUUCCUGUUUUUAAACACAGUAACAAGUAGCAGAUUUAUAAACCUGAAGAUCCUUCCUGAGCACAAUGCUAUACUGUAGAGCUGAGUUCUCACCACUAUUUACUAGUAGGAUUUUUAUUUUGGACAUAUUAUAAAAUGAUUAACAAGUCUCCUAAUACUUGAAAUUUGAGUUAUAUUUAUGGUUCCUGUCAGUUUCCUAAGUGUUCAUCUCAGGAAUUUGAUAUUUAUGACGAUCGGGAAAGUCGCAUAUGAUCCAAUUGAAACUUUUUUCUGUGUUAAAUUGUCUUGCACAUGGACAAUUCAAUGUGUUUUUGCAUGUUUUAAUGCGUUCGCUAAUACGUUUAGCCCUACCGAACACUACUUUAGCUUCAUAACCGACGUUAACGGUUUGUUUAUGUAUUUGAUGUGUUAUUCUGUAAUCAGUAACAGUGAAAAUGCUGUAUGGUACUGGAGUUCUUUUUAAAGUCAUAGUUUGGCUUAAAAUUAUUAUAUAUAUUUUUUUUAAAUCAGGGAUAAUCUUUUUGGUGUCUGCUAACAAAUAAGGGAACCUUAUAGUGUCUGAUUUUAGCAUUGUGCUCACACUUUCCUGAAAAAAAAAAGAAGAUAUAAUUUACGUGUCAGCAUUGUUUGCAUUUUCAUUAUCAUUUUAGAGUUUGGAUCUCAUACCUGAGGCAUUGUUUGCACCAAGUAACACCAAACUAUGUGCUAAGGAAGACAAAAAAACAGCUUCAAGAUGGGGCUACUGAUGUAUUUAUCGCUGCAACAUCAUAAAGUGUAAUAGCAUCCAAGCAAAUCUGUUGAAUACUGAACAAUUUGAGGCGAGUAUGUGACGAACUAGACCUGCAUGAUGCUGAACUGUAGAUGUCCACACUAGCAAGCGACAGUCAUGUAAUGAUUCCUCCGACCAACACUACGGCGUCACUUUUUUUGUUUUUUAUUUUUAAUAAAUUUGCAAAGAUUUCAAACAAACUUCUUUCACAUUGUCAUUAUGGGGUAUUGAUUGUAGAAUUUUGAGGAAAAUAAUGAAUUUAAUCCACUUUGGAAUAAGGCUGUAACAUAAAAUGUGGAAAAAGUGAAGCGCUGUGAAUACUUUCCUGAUGCACUGUAUUUGCAGUUAGUCCCCUAUGCAUUAGUUUGAUGCAUAAAAAUAGAAGGAAAAUGUAGAAUUGUGGUUUCAUCUCAUCUUCUCUUAUAUGACUUCAUAUUAAAUGUGCACAGAGACAUUUGAAGGAAAAUAAAAGCUUUUAAGGAAGUAGCGGCGAUCGUCGGUGCGUCUGGCGAGUUGGCUUGUGUCUCUGAUCUGCCACGUAACUGUAAAUGUAAAUCAAACUUAAAUACCCCAAGUGCCGUGUAUAAAUUGUAUAGGGAGCUGUAUGCUGUACAUUUUGGCUACUACCUUUCUCAACAGAACUUAAAAAAAAAAAAUGGAUAGGCCACGCCCACCAGAGAAUCUACUGUACAGGCGACAUGAGCGACUUGGAUGAGACGACGAGUGACUGUAGAGUUAGCUUUCACUGCAUAUUCGUCACAUUCGCCUCAUUACUUUAAAGAAGCAACCCGUGGACACCAAAAACGUUCUAGGCUGAUCUGAUCGGCUACAUUUAUGUUGCAACACGUGAAUUAAAAUUUUUGGCCAAACUAUUGCUUUAGGUCUGCUAAACUUAACAAAGUAUCAGCUUUUAGCAGAGUGUAUGUAUCUAAUGUCCCCUAUAUUACAGUUGCUUUGUACAGCUGGCUACAUGGCUAAUGUUAAUAAAUGGAUUAAUGGUUAAA